AUGGGAAAGAUUGUCUUCUACGAGGGCCGUAACUACCAGGGCCGCUUCUGGGAGUGCAAUGGGGACUGCACAGACACCUUCAACCACUUCAACUGCUGCAACUCCAUCCGCGUCAUGGGCGGCCACUGGGUGAUGUAUGAGAGGCCCAACUAUGGUGGCUACCAGUACAUCAUGGGCAAGGGAGACUACCCUGAGUUCAACUGCUGGAUGGGCUUCAACAACUGCAUCCGCUCCUGCCAGAUGGUCUCCCCCUACAGAGGAGCCUACCGCAUGAGGACCUACAACCGCCCCAACCUGUCGGGCAACAUGAUGGAGUUCAUGGAGGACUGCCCCAACACCUUCGACCGUUUUGGCCACCACAACAUCUUCUCCAGCCACGUCAUCGAGGGCUCCUGGGUGUUCUACGAGCACCCCAACUACAGGGGGCGCCAGUUCUUCCUGCGUCCCGGAGAGUACCGCGGCUGCUCCGACUGGGGCUGCUUCAACCCCAUGGUGGGCUCCUUCCGCCGCAUGAGGCACUAUCCCAUGUAA